GGAGGCUGCCCCCGGGAGGCCGGAUCCCGGCCGGCGGGCAGAGCCCGGCCUGGCAGCGGCGAGGGCUGUUCCAGGCAGACGCCCUCUGAGCCCCUCCCCGCCCGCAGCCUUUCCCCCACAUUCACUUCCCUGGGGGGCUCUGGCUCCCUUUCCACUGCCCAGCUCCAGCUCCCGGCCGCCGCGCCCGCCCGCUCGCUCUCUCGCUCGCUCUCCUCUGGUCCGAGGGACUGCACCGACCUGCCUUCCCAGCAAGGGGGCUCCAGAGGCAUUGUCCAGCAAGGGCACCGGGCCUGAGAUCUGUUUCAGGAAGGGGAUGGGGGCACCCUAACCCUGUGUCCCUACUCCAGGACAGUUCCUUUGGGCAUGUCCAGGACCUCAAGAGGAGAUGUCCUCAUGGCUGGGGCCACCUGUGCCUGAUAUCACUCCUGAUUCAGUUGUGGAACUGUGGAAGGCAGAAGCCCAGGAUGCCAAGCAGUUAUGGAAGACUGAGACUCAAGAUGUGGUGGAUGGCAUGGGAAAGGCUGGUAGCAACUACAUCCUUGUGGAGGAAGCCAGGGCUUCCCAUCCCAGUGGGGGAAGCUCAGAAUUGGGACAGGAUGCAGGGCUGGCAUCUGUCUCAUUCCCCUGCUCAGAGAUUCAUCCGGAGUCCACAGAUCGGAGGCCACUGAAGAGGAAAAAGGGGCCGGCUCCUAAGAUGUUGGGGAACGAGGUGUGCAGCGUGUGUGGGGACAAGGCUUCUGGCUUCCACUACAAUGUCUUGAGCUGCGAGGGGUGCAAGGGCUUCUUCCGCCGGAGUGUGAUCAAGGGUGCCCGAUACACUUGUCACAGUGGGGGCCACUGCCCCAUGGACACCUACAUGCGCAGGAAGUGCCAAGAGUGCCGUCUGCGGAAGUGCCGCCAGGCAGGCAUGCGGGAGCAGUGUGUCCUGUCAGAGGAGCAGAUCCGCCUGAAGAAACUAAAGCGUCAGGAGGAAGAGCAAGGCCAGGCAUCCGCACUGACCCAGCAGGCCCCAUCGCCACCCCUGGCCCUGCCUCAGCUCAGCCCGGAGCAGCGGGGCAUGAUCGAGAAACUGGUGGCGGCCCAGCAGCAGUGUAACCAGCGCUCCUUCUCUGACCGUCUCCGGGUCACGCCCUGGCCUCUGGCCCCAGACCCACAGAGCCGAGAGGCCCGGCAGCAGCGGUUCGCCCAUUUCACAGAACUGGCCAUCGUCUCAGUGCAGGAGAUCGUCGACUUUGCCAAGCAGCUGCCGGGCUUCCUGCAGCUCAGCAGAGAGGACCAGAUCGCCCUGUUGAAGACGUCGACCAUUGAGGUGAUGCUCCUUGAGACGUCCCGGAGGUACAACCCUGGCAGCGAGAGCAUCACCUUCCUCAAGGAUUUCAGCUACAACCGCGAUGACUUUGCCAAGGCAGGGCUGCAGGUGGAGUUCAUCAACCCCAUCUUUGAAUUCUCCCGUGCCAUGAAUGAGCUGCAGCUCAACGAUGCCGAGUUUGCUCUGCUCAUCGCCAUUAGCAUCUUUUCUGCAGACAGACCUAACGUCCAGGACCAGCUUCAGGUGGAGAGGCUGCAGCACACGUAUGUGGAGGCCCUGCAUGCCUACGUCUCCAUCCACCACCCAAAUGACCCCCUGAUGUUUCCACGGAUGCUGAUGAAGCUGGUGAGCCUGCGCACGCUGAGCAGUGUCCACUCGGAACAAGUGUUUGCCCUCCGCUUGCAGGAUAAAAAGCUCCCGCCCCUGCUCUCGGAGAUCUGGGAUGUACACGAAUGACCCUCUUCCAUUUCCUAGCAUCCCAUCGAUGGGGUGCAGGAUGGGCCUCGGCCAGGGCUGCUUCGGGGUGGUGGUCUAGCGUGGGGGAGGGCUGCAGAACGAGGAGGGGAGGACGUCUCUUUCGGCUGGGCUGGGGUGGAGAUCCUAAAUGGGGCAUUAAAAGAAAGUUGAAGGGUUGGGAGUACUCUGGCUGUUAGGGGAAAUGGGCAGCCUGGGACGCCUGUUUUGCACAGGGCUCUCCACAGCCCGUUCCCACUGCUUCCUGCCUUCCUCUCAUCCACCGGUCCCAUAAGACAGUCCAUGUUAUCCUCCUGUGCCUGGCUGAGAAAGGAGCCUUGCCACGAUGUGCACCAUUUCACAGCCUGACCACCGGGGCAUCUUUUGACCAGAAUGAUCCACACAAGAAUGUAAAAUGGAGACGAAAUAGUCUGAAUUUCUAAAGAAGGGAGACCCUUGGAAGAGGAAAUUCGGGGGGGGGGUGUCAAACCAAGGACAAAAUCUCUGCGCUGGCGCCUUCUCCCCUUCCAUCCCAGAUGAUAGUUGGAGAGCAGUAGAUCUGUGCCUCUCUCUAGCAGGGUCCUGAAGAACGCUCAUAGGAUUAAAAAAAAAAUCAAAAGAUCGUAACCUUUGAGCUAGAACAGACCUUUAGAGGCGAUCCAGGUCAAGACCCUCAUUCUACAGACGAGGAAACUGAGGCUAGGAGGCUUAGGGAUUCGAACCCGCGGACGUAGAACUCCUAGGAGUCCUUUCUCCCUAGCCAAGAGUCACCGCCACGCCCACCCCGCCGGGGGUUCCCCUUCACCCCAGCCGGACUUCACGUCCCGUCAUGCACCGCGGGACGGUCCUUGGCCCUCCCUACCUCGGUGUGCGCCCUGCUCUGGAGGUGCCGGCUUUCGGCGGUUCCCUCCCCUCCUCCUGCAGCAGGAGUAGUAUGUUCCACCUCCCACACACCCCUUUUCUGGAGCCGCAGCACCUGGGCAUUUCCCAAACCGUGACGGGGGUGGGGGGGGGGGAAGGUGGGGACAGCGUCUCGGAACGCCGGCCAGCGCAGCCACUCAUUUGUUCUCAGAAGCAGCUUCCAGGUAUAUUGACGCUUCGUCCCCCAAAUAGACGAUGAAAGCAUUUAUAAUUAAAAGCGAUUUGCACAGUAAAAAUCUA